AUGUUAAUGCUGAGAAACCCGAAAAGUCAGACCUCAGCACUGGAGACCCCAUGGAAUAGGCGACAACGUAUUCGACGCCGAGCAUGCGCAACGCUUGGCGCGCCCGCGACCACGCCUCCGACCGAUUCACAGCUAUUAGCACCGCAAUCAUUCGACGUUGUUGUUCUGCGAGAUCUGAGUGUUCCUUCUCGACUAUCAGUUUAUUUUGCCGAUAAUCCAACUUUUCAAUCCGAUCCCGGUCUAAGCAUCGUUCGGUCACAUCUGAUACUUGCUCCCACGUUGUGUGCCUUGUACCACCCAAUCCUCAACAUGAGCGCCGCUGAUACGAAAGUUGCCGUAACCACCGAUGAGAACUGGAAGGCCGGCCUCGUUCUGCCCGCUAAGGAUAAGCGCUUCAAAACCGCGGAUGUCACUGACACUAAAGGAGUGGAAUUCGAGGAUUUCUGUCUUAGUCGUGACUUGCUCAUGGGCAUUUUCGAGAAAGGAUGGGAAAAGCCGAGUCCUAUUCAGGAGGCUUCCAUUGGUGUCGCUUUGUCAGGACAAGACAUUCUUGCUCGUGCAAAGAAUGGAACCGGCAAGACUGGCGCAUAUUGCAUUCCAGUUAUUGAGAAAAUUAAUCCUGCUAUAAAGAAAAUACAAGCACUAGUUAUAGUUCCAACUAGAGAACUCGCUCUUCAGACUUCCCAAAUUUGUGUCGAACUCUCGAAGCAUAUCAAGCUAAAGAUUAUGGUAACCACUGGUGGUACCGACCUUCGUGAUGAUAUUAUGCGCUUGAAUGGUUCAGUGCAUAUGGUAAUCGCCACUCCAGGACGUAUCCUUGAUCUGAUGGAGAAAGGAGUGGCCGAUAUGUCGAACUGUAAAAUGCUCGUUCUUGAUGAAGCUGACAAGCUUCUCAGCCAAGAUUUCCAGGGGAUCUUGGAUCGUCUCAUUUCCUAUCUGCCGAAAGAACGUCAAAUCAUGCUUUACUCUGCCACUUUCCCAAUGACUGUAACCGAAUUUAUGCAGAAGCAUAUGAGAAAACCUUACGAAAUCAACCUCAUGGAGGAACUCACCCUCCUCGGUGUGACUCAGUAUUACGCGUAUGUACAGGAGAAGCAAAAAGUGCACUGCCUUAACACAUUAUUCCGCAAGCUCCAAAUAAAUCAGUCCAUCAUCUUUUGCAAUUCUACACAGCGUGUGGAGCUCUUGGCGAAGAAAAUCACUGAAAUAGGAUACUCUUGCUACUACAUACACUCUAAGAUGGCACAGAAUCACAGAAACCGCGUCUUUCACGAUUUCCGUCAGGGAAAUUGCCGCAAUUUGGUCUGUUCGGAUUUGCUUACUCGUGGUAUCGAUAUUCAAGCUGUAAAUGUUGUUAUUAAUUUUGACUUCCCCCGAAAUGCUGAGACCUACCUCCACAGAAUCGGCCGGUCGGGAAGAUUCGGUCAUCUAGGUGUUGCUAUCAAUCUUAUCACUUACGAAGACCGGCACACUCUGCGUCGCAUCGAGCAAGAACUUCGAACGCAAAUCGAGCCCAUUCCAAAAGCAAUGAGGACAAUAACAAAACAAACGCCAACUGAGCUCGGGCUUAUCUAUUCAUCAGUGCUUCCAUCUGAUCUCGUUAUAUAUUCGAUGGCUGAGCCUGUUUUCGCGAUUCAACAUACCACGCGGCAAUACGUUCCAAAUGUAAACUUUACUGAGAAGCUGAUUCAGGUAGAGUGGCACUACAUGAAUAAAGAGGGAUGUUUGGCUAAACUAGUAGCGAGUGGUGCUGUGACCUUGGGAUUGUUCCUGUUCUUGUACGUAGGCCAUUUGUACGUAAACGCAAGUAGUGUCGAUUGGGUCACGAUCGCAGCACCAGACAAAUGUAUUCAACCAGGAGAAUGCGACACCUCUAAGCCGCAUACUCUUCCUCUACUGGCCACACGUGCCCACUCUCUUCCCCGCAGAAUAGCAGAAUCUGAUGCGAAUCGCGGUGGAGCAUGUUUGGGACCGACUGAUUUAGCGUCUAAUGUCAUAAUUGACAUUCCUAUCAUGCUAUAUAAUAACGGGCUUAUUCUGUCACGUGUUUGUGCCACUAAAUUCUAA